UUAUCUUGCCGACACAUCUGCUUGCUUUCCAGGAAGGGAUGGCUCGCCCAGCGCCCCGGUGUGCUUGAGCCUUCUCCCGAGCCGACCGCUCUGCCCCAGUCGCCGGGAGGAAACAAUGGUCUGGAGUCCACCACCAAUGUAAAUAAUGCGCUGGCCUCCCUGCAAGGCGAGAAACGGCUAUUUUUAGAAAGCCCUGCAUUUUUUUUUUUUUUUGCCCUCCCUUUGCAAACCUUGGAGUGGAAAAGCCUGCAAGGGAAGAAAGCCAAGGCACCGCCGCAAUCUCCCCUCGCAGAGCUACGCGGGUGGCCAGGCCAGCAGGAGCUUCCCAGUGCCAAGCGCCCAGGGUCUGCCAACCUUCUAAUAUCAGCAUCAGGGUGGAGACCAAGGUAGCAGCUGACCCAAAGAUUCCCACCAGCAACACUGGAUGAGAAUUCUGCAGUUGCCUAGAGCUCAGUAACUCAGUUGGCAGUAUGGACUUUGUGAUGAAGCAGGCCCUAGGAGGGGCCACUAAAGAUAUGGGUAAAAUGCUGGGGGGUGAAGAGGAGAAAGACCCUGAUGCUCAGAAGAAGGAAGAAGAACGACAAGAAGCCCUGCGCCAGCAAGAGGAGGAACGCAAGGCAAAACAUGCUCGCAUGGAGGCUGAACGGGAAAAGGUCCGGCAGCAAAUCCGUGAUAAGUAUGGCCUAAAGAAGAAAGAGGAGAAAGAGGCAGAGGAGAAGGCAGCCCUGGAACAGCCAUGCGAGGGAAGUCUGACGCGCCCCAAGAAAGCUAUCCCAGCAGGCUGCGGAGAUGAUGAAGAUGAGGAUGAGGAGAGCAUCCUCGAUACGGUGCUCAAGUACCUGCCAGGUCCACUGCAGGAUAUGUUCAAGAAGUAACAGCCGCACCAGCCCCAGCCCCACCCCCACCCACAGUUCCCUGGUAUUGCCCACUCAGUGCUUGGGUUGGGGUUCCAUG